CCCUUGAAGCCUUUGUCCAGAAGGAUGGCAGUGAUUGAUGUUUUCACUUUUCUAUUGUCUGUGUGCAUAUCUGGAUCACAGGAAAACAAGCGCCCAGUGGGAUAUGAGGAGUUGAUUGCAAUGUCUUCUGAAUGACCUAUGAAUCGUGAGGAUUGAAAUCCUUAUGAUAUUUACAUAAAUGAAGGUGUAGGUGAUGAUGUGGGUUGUUAUCCCAAUAAAACGGGGUUGCUGUACAUUUUAACAAUUCUUUAAAAAUUCCUUUUUGUCUUCAGAAUCUCUCAUUAUACUUUACUCUUAACUUUAUAGCAAUCUAAAUUCUUUCUUUUUCCCCCUUUUAAAAUCUCCUAAUUCAUUGUUAAUAUCCACUGCAGUUGUUUCUGGAUAAUUGCUGUGACUUCUGUUGCCCAGCAUUCGCUUUCCUCAUUUCCCUGCUUUUAUUCUUUCUUCUAAUAUUCCUUUCCAUUCCAGGGGUAGUUGUUAAUGGGAUAUGAUGCGCAGUGCAUGUGAAAAUGCAAACACUUCACAGACUUUGUACUGUGAAAGAAUCCUUAAAUACCUGUGUUUUUUUUUCUUGUCCUCAGCUGGGUAGCAAGUAGAACUGCAGAUGAGUGCUUUUCAGACAGAGCACAGAAUAUUAUACUUAUUUCUUUCCCAACAUAUGCUGGUAUCUAGGCUCUUUUGCAAUGGCUGUUUUAGAGACCCUUUCAGCCCAGCAUUCUCAUAUACUUUAUCAAGGUGACCAGUGUGACCUCAUGACGCUUCUGUAAAAGCCAGACUCAGCUAGGAUGUUACACCAUCACUGUCGGAGAAACCCUGAGCUACAGGAAGAAUUGCAGAUUCAGGCUGCAGUUGCUGCUGGCGAUGUUCACACCGUGCGCAAAAUGCUGGAGCAAGGAUAUUCUCCAAAUGGUCGAGAUGCCAACGGCUGGACCUUGCUUCAUUUCUCUGCAGCCAGAGGGAAAGAGAGAUGCGUCCGUGUUUUUCUUGAACAUGGAGCUGAUCCCACGGUUAAGGACUUAAUUGGAGGCUUCACUGCUCUGCAUUACGCAGCCAUGCAUGGCCGAGCGAGGAUCGCGCGCUUGAUGUUGGAAUCGGAAUAUAGGAGUGACAUUAUUAAUGCAAAAAGCAACGACGGUUGGACUCCCCUCCAUGUAGCAGCCCACUACGGCAGAGACUCAUUUGUCCGGCUCCUGUUGGAGUUCAAGGCUGAGGUUGAUCCGCUCAGUGAUAAAGGUACUACCCCGCUUCAGCUGGCCAUUAUCCGCGAGAGGUCAAGCUGCGUGAAAAUCCUGCUGGAUCACAAUGCCAACAUCGACAUUCAGAAUGGUUUCCUGUUACGCUACGCUGUGAUCAAAAGCAAUCAUUCGUACUGCCGAAUGUUCCUUCAGCGAGGGGCGGACACAAACUUGGGGCGCUUGGAGGACGGACAGACGCCCUUACACUUGUCUGCUCUUAGAGAUGAUGUGCUUUGUGCACAAAUGUUGUAUAAUUACGGAGCAGACACUAACACAAGGAACUAUGAAGGACAGACCCCACUGGCUGUUUCAAUAAGUAUUUCUGGAAGUAGCCGACCCUGUCUGGAUUUCUUACAAGAAGUGACAAGACAGCCCAGAAACUUGCAAGAUCUAUGCCGAAUUAAAAUCCGACAGUGUAUAGGCCUUCAAAACCUAAAACUACUUGAUGAACUACCCAUUGCCAAGGUUAUGAAAGACUACUUAAAACACAAAUUCGAUGAUAUCUGAUAUCCAUGAAGAGAAGAACUCUGAGCAAGAUUAGUUAUAUUCCAGAUACUGAAGAGGCUUGUUGCCUUGCACAAAGUAUAUCCUAUGCAAAUUCUGAUUUUUCUGUGAAGUCAGAAGGCAGGUAUACACUUCCUUGGGUUUUUUUUAUGCCACAUGCUAGAAGGUCUUAAUUUUUGGUUUCUUGGUCCAAGUUUACAAGGUCCAAGCUUUCUAUACGAUGUUACAUUUUAGAAUUUGCUGUUGGGUUUUCAGUUGUUUGUUUUCACAUUCGGUGUGCAGACUUGCAGUGGAGGUGGGAUGUGGCCUAACGACGGAGGGGGGUUGCUUUGAAUUGGCAUGCUGAGCAGAGGUUUGAUAAAAGUCUGGAAAUCAAGGUGCCAGUCCUGCAAAAGAUACCCAUAGACCUCUGGAGACCUGUGGUCUGUUGGGGCUUUUUUGUCUCUACCAGGGUGGAUGUUUUUGCAGGGUGGGGGAAGAGUUGAUAAUCAAAAUGUAAUUGGGUACUGUAUGAGAAUAAUUUGGGAAUUUAAAAAGUAACAAUAUCACUCAUAAUAUCACUAUUCAAUUCAAGCAUCUUUUUAUUUUGCCCUCUUCCUCUUUCCUGUGGUUCAGAUGCCUAUCAAAUUCAGCCCUCUUUGCUGACGUUCCCUGUAGAGUGGGCAGCUCUUUUUGUCUCAUCCUAACAGUGAUGGAACACUAUGAAGAGGCACAGCCUCUUUAUUUUUCACAUUAACUUUAAAAAAAAAUCUGGACUUUUGAAGCCAAUGUAUUGUUUCUCAUACAGUGCCUCCUGUGCAAUAAUCUUUCUGAUGUAUUUUCCCUUUAUUGUGAUUUUUUUUGAUUCCUUCCCCCGCUAUUCCUCAUCUAGUCUCAGUGCAUUAUCUGUGAGAAUAGGAACUGCUGCCUCGCUGCAGUGUUAACAGGACAUGACUGAGAUGAUGGUGGCAGUUGCUGUUCGUUAUUAACCCCUGAAUUUCAUGAAUGUAUAACCUGCUUUGUUUCACGUUCGGUUGGAAUUUUAUCUGUGGGUUCUCAGCCAAAUUACAUCCAUUUUAAAAAAGUAGGAAAGAAAUUGGCCAGGCCCUUCAUUUUGAAGGCAUUGAUGAGUUCUGUUGUUGUUAUUGCUCUGAAAUUCAAUUUGUUUCAGCUUAGAGAGUGGGAAGUGCACGUAAGUGGUGUUCAGCUUAUAUGCACACAGACAGGAAAGCACCCUCUUCGUACUGGAAGUUUAAAUUCUGCAAACAUCAAGUGAUUUUUUAGUGAUCUAAAAGCAGCAACUGAAAGGAGUACUGAAAUUUGGCUACUGGAUGUGUUCUUCAUGCUAGGUAUUAAAAAGAUCUGUUAAAGAGUUUUUGUUUCUGAUCAUAACAAUUGAAAUUCUUGCUAUCAAAGAAAGAUUGGGCCAAAAUUUGAAGUUGUUUCACUCUCUUUAUGCUCAAGAGAUUACGGAGUCGUCAUAUGCCAGUGUCUUCUCCUUUUGCCAUCCCACUGACUCCAGAAGAGCCCCUCUAAUGUCAGGAGUGUUUUGUACCCAUUAUAUCAAUGGAAAUGGGGAGAUGGAAGGAACCAAUGGUGGCUUUUAAUUUUAACAGUCACUUUCAAAAUAUUUAGUAUUAAAAAUACUUUAAAAAAAAAAAAAAAAAAGAAAAAGAAAAAAGGCAGAAGUGGGUUUAGUCACAUUGUUUCUCUGCUGGUUCAUUUUAAUACCUUGUAACCCUGGGUUGCAGUUCCUGAAGCAGGAACCUUUUCACUGGUAGUGGAUGCAGCAGAGCUGUGGCAGCGAGAAGGCUUCUCCAUCCCUGCUGUGCCCAAUGGCUGCAUCAGGCUUCCAAACCAUAAGUGAUUUUGGAGAUUUGUGGCUCAGAGGAUUGGUGAUGGGAUGUAGAACCUCUUGAUUUCCAGCUUGCACCAGUUCCAGUGUAGCCCACUCAGCAGCACGUGAACUCCAGGUUAAUGUGAGCACUGGGAGCGCCCAUGGCUGAUCCCACAACUGCAUCACCUGAGCCUUGGCCACCUGUAGGGCUUGUUGGGACUCCAGCCAGGUGAUGUGUGAGGGCAGAGUGUGUGGCUGGGCUGUGCAUGUGAGUGUGUGACUGCCCAUAGCUGUGGUGGAAGCAGGACUGGUCAGCCCUUAAGGUCUAAAGGCUCUGCAGAACUGAGACACGAUGAAAACUCAGAACUGGCAGGUUUGAAGCAUGAAUUUUCUUUUGUAACACAAGAUCAGAACCUUAAAACUGCUUCUUGUUUUUUUUAAAUACUUAGUAUUGUACACUACACUUGUAAGUUGGUCUAAACCAAUAUCUUUUCCCACUGAAUUUUUACAGUAAUAUUUUCUAAGGUAAUCUAGAGUAUAUUUUAGUUGCAAUCUAUAUUAAGGCAAAUUAUUUGUUCUGUUUGUUGCUGUGAUUGAAGAAAAUUAUGGAAGACUUGUUGGUAACAAGAAUGCUAUUUAAUGAAGAAAUGUGUAAUUCCAUUAUUUAUUGUUUGAGGUUUGUUUUUUGGUUAUUUAAGUAACUGACAUCUAAAGGGAACACAUACAUUUCAGGCCAGUAAAAAGCCUUUAGUUUAAAUUCAUUUUCAUCCUCUCUCCUUUCCCUUCCCCACGGCGGAGGGAAGCCCUCAGCAUUUCUUAUAUGCCAAGCCAUCUCUUGCAGCUGGUUUCUCUGACCUCAAUUCAGCAAAGUGCUGCAGCACGUGUAUCUCUGAGCCUGCUGAUAGUCCUGGUUGCUAUCUGAAGUUAUACGUGUGCUCAGUGAAGUAGGGUUACUCGUUGUUAAUCCUACCCAAAUUUCAUGUGGAAUCUGGUCUUUUUUUAUGAUUUAAAUUAUCAUGCACAAAUACUUUGAAGAACUAAAUGUGCUUUGUUUUUCAUUUGGACUGGAAUGUGGAAAGAGAAGUGCAUAAUACAGAUUUGUUAUGUAGCCUAGCUCCAUUACCGUAAAAUUCACAGUUGAACACUUUUAAUAAACCUUAAAAAAAUUGGCAAGUACACCAAAGAAUCAAUAUGAGUAAAAGACUCUGAUCGUUAACAAACUGCAAACCUCAUCCUUUAAAACAAAGUGGAAAGUUUUUGUAAAUAUUUGUUUAUAAAUGUACAGCAGAGUAAGAGUGUUUUUUUAGAUUAUUUAAUUACCAUAUUUCUAAACUAUUUACAUUAUAGACAAUACUUGUUAGUUUGAAAAGCUCUCGUGUGUUUUUUUUGUUGGGUUUUUUUUUUUUUUUUCCUUGUGGAUUUGUUUCUGGCUCUUUGGGUUUCGUUUUUUAAAUUCAUUAUCACUCAUGCUUGGAAUAACUUUGGCUUCCUUUGGGAUAGCGUGGAAAAUUCUUCUUUUCUGGCUCUAGUUGGCUAUAGUAGGAGAACACAUCUGGACAAACUCAUCAGAGAAACACCCCGAGGCAAAAGAGAAUAUGUAGCAUGUUUACUAAGGAAGACCUGGAUAGGUGAAAAAUUUGGGAUCCCAACUUUCUUAGUUAAAUCUGUCCAGGGCCCACAGUGACGUUGUGAUGAGCAACUUGCACCCUGCCCACAAGUCUGGCUUCCAUGCAACUCUGUGUUACCAAUGCCAUGAUGUAUUUUGUUCUUCCUUUGCAAUGUAAGCUUUUGCUUUUGGAUCGACUCAGAUUUAAAAGAAAAGAAAAAAUAUUUGGAUCUGGUUUAAAACCUUCUUUUCAUUUAUGUUCUGUUGAUUUCCAAUGUAAUGUUUUAAUAACAUGAUACCACUUUACACAUCUCCUC